AUGGCGAAGUCCAGGGGCCGUCUGUACCUUUGGAUGUCUUUGAUUGCCGUGCUGGCAUCUUUUCUGGUGGGCUUUAUGGUGGGCUGGUUUUUUAAGCCUCUCAAAGAAACAAUCUGUGCACCACACCAUGGUCAAAGUAUACGAGGGAAACUGUUGUCAGAAAUGAAAGCUGAAAACAUUAGAUCAUUUCUUCGUUCUUUCACAAAACUUCCUCAUCUGGCAGGAACAGAAGAAAAUUUACUACUUGCCAAAAAAAUUCAAGCCCAAUGGAAGAUAUUUGGACUAGAUUCAGCCGACUUGGCUCAUUAUGAUGUUCUCCUCUCUUACCCUAAUGAGACAAAUGCUAACUGCAUAUCGAUUGUGGAUGGACAUGGAACUGAGGUAUUCAAAACAUCAUAUCUUGAACCACCUCCAGAUGGAUAUGAGAAUGUGACAAAUAUUGUACCUCCCUAUAAUGCUUUCUCAGCCCAAGGCAUGCCAGAGGAAAUUAAAGAAAAUUCUUAUUAUACUUUCAGACUAAAUAUUGAAGAAGGAGUUGGAAUCCCGAAAAUACCUGUACAUCCUAUUGGACAUAAUGAUGCAGAAAUAUUACUACGCCACUUGGGAGGAACUACUCCACCAGAUAAGAACUGGAAGGGAGCUCUUAAUGUGAGUUACAAUGUAGGACCUGGCUUUACAGGGAAUGAGUCUUUCAGGAAAAUUAGAAUGCAAGUUCAUAACACCAAUAAAAUUACAAGGAUUUACAAUGUAAUUGGAACUAUUAGAGGAUCUGUAGAACCUGACAGGUAUGUUAUUCUGGGAGGGCACCGUGACUCUUGGGUGUUUGGAGGUAUUGACCCAACUACUGGGACAGCCGUUUUGCAAGAAAUUGCUCAGAGUUUUGGAAAAUUGAUAAGAAGAGGCUGGAGACCUAGGAGAACCAUCAUUUUUGCCAGUUGGGAUGCAGAAGAAUUUGGACUGCUGGGUUCUACAGAAUGGGCUGAGGAGAAUGUAAAAAUACUCCAGGAGAGAAGUGUUGCUUAUAUCAAUUCAGAUUCAUCUAUAGAAGGCAAUUAUACUCUCAGAGUUGACUGUACACCCCUUCUUUACCAGUUGAUGUAUAAACUGACAAAAGAGAUGUCUAGCCCAGAUGAUGGUUUUGAGAGUAAAUCACUUUAUGAAAGCUGGUUGGAAAAAGACCCUUCACCUGAAAAUAAAGGUUUUCCUAGAAUCAACAAGCUGGGAUCUGGAAGUGAUUUUGAAGCUUAUUUUCAGAGACUUGGAAUUGCUUCAGGCAGAGUUCGUUACACCAAGAACAGGAAAACAGAUAAAUACAGCAGCUACCCUGUAUAUCACACAAUUUAUGAAACAUUUGAAUUAGUAGAGAAUUUUUAUGACCCCACAUUUAAGAAACAGCUCUCUGUGGCUCAAUUACGAGGAGCACUGGUAUAUGAGCUUGCAGAAUCUAUAAUCAUUCCUUUCAAUAUUCAAGACUAUGGAACAGCUUUGGAAAACUAUGCAGCAAGUAUCUUCCACUUAUCCAAGAAAUAUGACCAGAAAUUGAAAGACGAGGGGGUAUCAUUCGACUCCUUGUUUUCUGCUGUAAAAAACUUCUCAGAGGCUGCUUCAGAUUUUCAUAGAAGACUCACAGAAGUUGAUCUUAAUAAUCCCAUUGCAGUGAGAAUUAUGAAUGACCAAUUGAUGCUUCUGGAAAGAGCAUUCAUUGAUCCUCUUGGUUUACCAGGGAGACAGUUCUAUAGGCACAUCAUUUUUGCUCCAAGUAGCCACAACAAAUAUGCUGGAGAAUCAUUUCCUGGGAUUUAUGAUGCUAUGUUUGAUAUUGAAAAUAAAGCAGACCCUCAUUUGGCCUGGACAGAAGUAAAGAAACAUAUUUCUAUUGCAGUUUUCACAAUUCAAGCAGCAGCAGGAACACUGAAAGAAGUGUUAUAAGAAGGCAUC